AUGCCACGCCACUUGAGGAACAGGGACGCAGAGGGCGUCCCGGACGGCGACGGGAUCAAGGACGAAAACGGCGUCGUUCAUACUUCGACGCGGUCGCUUCGCAAGAUCAACUACGCAGAGAUAGAGUCCGGACUGGACUACCUUGAAGACGAAGAAGGUGCAGAACAGGGAGGUAACGGCGGCACAAAUACGGAACCACACAAUGGGUACACUGGGGAUCCGCUGGCGAAUGGACCUAGUGAUGAAUUGGACCUGCAUGAGUCGGCCCCAGUAGCUGGUGGAAGGGGCAGAGGCAGGAAGAGGAAGAAAAAUAGCAGGUAUGACGCCUUUGGAGACGAUGAGGACGACGAGAGUUUCCACGAAGAGGAUGUCGCCGACGAGGCGGAGGAUGGUGAGGACGACGACGACGACGACGAUCCAGACGCGUUCGAUGAGUACAGAGAGUCUCAAAGGGUUAAAAGACAGGCUAGGACAAGACAGGAUAACAAUUUCAUUGUUCCAGAUCCCGAAAGCGACCAAUUUGAUGACGACGAUGAUGAUGAUGAUGAAAACGCUAUAUACUAUUCGAACAGGCGAAAUAAGAGAGGUAAGAGAGCAGCAGCAACAGCUGCUGCUGCUGCGCAUAACCAGUACCCAACAAGAAGAAGUACGAGAACGAGGAAUGCGGAUAGGGGACCAGUGGAAACAACCCCACCGCCAUCAUCCUCCGCGCGACGGCAUUUGCGGCCUAGGGGUCGGACCAGCUCACAUCUGGACGGGUACAACCUGGACCCAGAGGCCCCGAAUGGCACCGUAGCCGCUGGUGACGGCGAAAGAGAUCAUUUGACGUUGGCAGAUGAAAUAAGAGAAUUACAAGAGGAUAGCCCGAUUAGAGAGUUGCGUCCGCGCAGGAACAUCCACGAGGCAAGUCCGCCAACGGAGAAGAGAUCGUUAAGGGAGAGAACCAAGCCUGUAAACUACGCAAUCCCGCCGCCAUUGACAGCACUCACAGCAGAUGCGUUCCCCAAGGGGUACCAAGCUGCUUCGCCGUCUCGUAGAGGUAAACAGAACAUGGGUCCACCAAGAAGACUGUUCCCAACGGGUGGACCCUUUGGUGGCAAUGAUGUGAUGACCAUAUUUGGCCAGAAUACCAACUUUUACGGGUUAAGCACAGGGUUAGGUAAUAGACUCCCCGGGAAUGGACCCGCCAACAAAUUGCUCUUGGACUCGAACUCGUCAGAAGACGAAAUCCUCGCCCUAGGCGCCAAAUCCAAGAAGAACGACGAUCCCUUGAAGAAAAAGAAAAAGAAGAAACCAGAGAUCGCGGAUCUCGACCCACUGGGCGUAGACAUGAACAUCAACUUCAACGAUGUCGGUGGGCUGGACAGCUACAUCGAUCAGUUGAAGGAAAUGGUCGCAUUGCCCCUGUUGUAUCCAGAGCUGUACCAAAACUUCGACAUCACUCCGCCAAGAGGUGUGCUAUUCCACGGACCACCGGGGACUGGUAAGACAUUGAUGGCUAGAGCACUUGCAGCAAGUUGCUCCACAGAAAACAGAAAGAUUACUUUCUUCAUGAGGAAAGGUGCAGAUAUCUUGUCCAAGUGGGUUGGUGAAGCGGAAAGACAGCUGAGACUACUCUUCGAAGAGGCCAAGAAACAGCAACCUUCCAUUAUCUUCUUCGAUGAAAUCGACGGGUUGGCACCAGUGAGAAGCUCCAAACAGGAACAGAUCCACGCAAGUAUUGUUUCCACGUUAUUGGCAUUGAUGGACGGGAUGGACAACAGGGGGCAGGUUAUUGUUAUCGGUGCGACAAACAGACCGGAUGCAGUAGACCCUGCUCUUAGAAGACCAGGGAGAUUCGAUAGAGAAUUUUACUUCCCCUUGCCCGAUGAGAAGGCUCGUGCCCGAAUCUUGACGAUUCACACCAAGAAAUGGGACCCGCCACUAACAGAGGAGUUCCUGCAAAACCUUGCCCGUCUGACAAAGGGUUACGGAGGUGCUGACUUACGCUCGUUGUGCACUGAAGCUGCUUUACUGUGCAUCCAGAGAAAUUUUCCUCAAAUUUAUAGAAGCGAUGAAAAACUUGUUGUUGAUAAGUCAAAAUUAAAGGUAAACACUAAAGACUUCAUCCUUGCUUUGCAAAAAAUUGUCCCUUCGUCAGCCAGGUCUGUAGGUAGUGGCACAGAAUCUUUACCAGAAAUUGUCAAACCAUUGUUGCACGAUCAAUUUGAUCAGGUAAAAAAUAUCAUUGAGAGACUUCUCCCCAUCCAACCAAAUAAGAUGCAAGACAAAAGCUCUAUCAUCCAACACUACAUCGAUUAUGAAGAUCUUAACGAGGGCGAAGAAGAUUCCAUUAGUCUGGGCUUCGGUAAACAGGAACUGUUGGGCAGGAUUGCUGAAUCUAGAAUUUUCAAGCCAAAGCUCCUAAUCACGGGUCCUAUCGGUAAUGGCCAACAGUAUAUUGGUUCUGCGAUCUUGUAUUCCUUGGAACACUUCAACGUCCAGAAAAUAGAUGUCGCUUCUUUGGUUUCUGAAAGUUCACGGUCUAUCGAAGCAGCUAUAGUACAAGCGUUUGCGGAAGCGCAGAAAAGACAGCCAGCAUUACUGUACAUCCCCAAUCUAGACAUAUGGCAGAGGACUGUUCCUGAAACCGCUAUACUGACCUUAGCAAGUUUGAUCAGAUCUUUGCAAAGUAACGAAAGAAUCUUGCUAUUGGCGAUCUCCGAAGCACUGGAAGCGUCUGACCUGCAACAGGAACCCCUGUCCCAUCUAUUCUCCAAAAACAAUAUUUUUACCGUUCAAAAACCUUCUUUGGAACAACGCCAAGCUUUCUUCCAGAAAAUUGUGGAUGUUUUGCGCAUAAAGCCGUUAUCCUUUGAAACAGAACGAAAGAGAACGAAACCACUACCUGAAUUGCCACGUGCAGGUCGUGAAGCUAACCAGGACAAUUUGGAUGAGGAUGGCCAGCUGCUGUCACCAGAAGACGUUGUGAGGAAGAAAUUGAAAACUUUGCAAUACCAGGAUAUGAAAAUGAAAAAUGUUCUGAAAAUCAAACUCUCAGGAUUGAUGGAUCUUUUCAAGACCAGAUACAAAAGAUUUAGAAAACCACCGAUUGAUGACGCAUUACUCGUCCAUCUAUUUGAAGAACCGCCAGCUGACCCAACGUGGCAGCCAACCUACGUUAAGGAUGGGGAUAUGAUUUUGGAGGUACUCACGGGUCGUAGAUUUUAUAACAUGGAUUUGGAUAUUGUGGAAGAGAGGUUGUGGAACGGUUACUACUCAGAACCGAAACAGUUUUUGAAGGAUAUAGAACUAAUAUACAUCGACUCCAAUACUCUCGGGGAUAGAGACCGUAUUAUUAAGGCUUCCGAAAUGUUUGCAAAUGCCCAAAUUGGCAUUGAAGAUAUAUCUACCCCAGACUUCAUCCAGGGUUGUAAAGCUUUACGUCGGAGAGAUUUCGAAAGGCAGCAACUUGCAUUAGAAGAUGCUGAAAAACAAGUUGAAGUUGCGAAGCAGAUGGCGACAGAGGAAACUGCGUUGAUCAAUGGCAGGAGUGCCAUGGGCCCAGUUUCGGAAGUUGCUAUUGGGGAAGGUCAGCAAAUGCAAGCACAAUUGCAAGUUGUUCCCCCAUCUCAACUUCCAGAGUCUACAGAAAAUGGAGCCACAUUGGACCUGACUGGCGAGGAACCACAAGAUCUCGGAAGGGUGACAGCUCCAGAAUACAGUACAUCGGGGACAGAAAACGUAACUGCAACCGUUUCAGGGUCCAUUGAAAAAAGUUCACCUCUGGAGAAAGAAACACCACUUGAAGAAAAUAGUCGUCACCAAGUCCCAGUAGACACUGAAGAACCCGUUCCAGCAGAAAGUGUAAAAGAAACGGCCAAUGGGAGCUCAAAUGUACCUGCUGAAGUUGUUGCUCAAAGUGCGAACGAUUUGAACGUGGUCACUUGCCCCACUGAAUCCCCAUCUCACGAAAUGAGGAAAGAAGAGCAUCAACUGGAUUACACUUCGGAAAAGGAGGGAGGGAAGGAAGAGGUUGCCAAGAUCGAGCUUGACGACAGGGAUGUUAUUAUGGAUGCAGACAGCUUAAGACAACUCAACUUAACAUUAGAGAAACUUACAGAUGGUGCUACUGUUUCAACUCUAGAAGAGAUGUACGCCGGCAUCAUGGAAAUUAUUUGGGAUGAUCGUUUCAAGUGGGACAAAACUGAAACCAUAGAGAAAAUUGAAAGAUCCCUUGCACAGUAG